CCGUCUGCAGUGGUGGUCGCAGUCGGCCGAGUACACGGGCUCAACUGCGCUCUGGCACACACGUGUGGGGCGACCGCGCUGUAGGACUUGCUACUCGAGCUGCAUAUCACUGGCGGUGUUUCCUCAGUGAGAUUCACUCCCAAACAAUAAACUGCACGUGCCCACGACAACAGGUUAUUAGCACCACACGAACAGUUGCUCACGAUCCAAACUGCAGCCUGCGAGGUCUACUUCUUCACAAUCACUUCAUUGUGCGGUUACCAGGUUCGAUUCGCGGUACCAUCGUCCACAAACUGCUAGAAAGUCCUCGCAGAAACAUUACUGUUGACUGCGCUUCAUAAUCGGAAAUGAAAGUAACAAUUAACAGUUCUCACAAAAUUACGGACGCUUAUUUUUAGUGAUAGGAACGGCAGAACCUGAAGCAAAGACCAAAUAGUUUCUUCUUGCUACAAAGGGUGAACCAGGAAGCUCAUUUGAGAACUUCACCUUUUCCCGUCAGCCAUAUCGUCAAAUGCAAUAGUGUUUACUGACUCUCGUGGUUCGUAGACUGAAGCCGGAAACUUUUGCAUUGACGGCUUGAGUGAAAGUAAACGCGAAAGUUUCAGCACCGUAAUUUCCGUAAAUCUCACGAACAGUCUCAAAACCGCAGACGGUUUUUCUUCAACAUUCCCUGACAGGUAGCAAACAUUUCUGUUCGACAUGAGUAUACAACUGUGCUCAGUGGAGAUCGUUAUGUCUGUAAGUAACUAACUGACCCGACGAAUGCGGAAAGCAGCUAGUAUUUUUACCUUUUCACCAGACUGUGUUCCUGCGUCUAAAUUUACAGACGGUACGGGAUUAUAGUCUGUUCUGAUUACACAUGAGACAAAGCUGGCUUCAUAGAUAGCUUUAUAGGAUACUGAAAUUGAAGGUAAGCUGUAUACCGAACUUGACGAUAAUACCUCAAGAAAUGUAAUGUUACCAGUGCUUACGUUGCAUCAGCGUCAAGUUGUAACACAAUCUGAGACAACAGGAACAAAUGCUUUUUGACUGUAUAUUGGUAUUAAAAAACAGUCUGUAAUACUUCGGGUAAUACACGUAAUUUUGUGUAAAGAUAAAUGAGUGAAUAAAAGCUGCAAUACAACAAACACAAAUUUUGAUUCCGUUGAGGUGUGGUAUUGGCAUAUUAGUAGGUGCUUGGUAUAAAAAGGAUACGAGAAACUGUACAGUCACUAAAUUCUCGAAACAAGUAGCUAAUCUCAUGUAGCCACUGGUACUUGUAACAACAGACAGAAUUUCCCGUGGUUUUGAAUUACGUUUGAAGUUUGCUGCUACAUGUACGUGCCAUCAUGAAAGUCGCCACUACGAGACGCGAUAAAAUAGUGUGGUAACUAUAAAAUACACACUUUAAGAUAUAGGACCACUAACAGGCCACAGUUCAAAGUGAAUACGUCGUCUGUUGUUGGACAUUUCAAAGAGUGUGACGACCGCCUGGAUCCUCCAGCGCCUCAGUCGAGCAGCAGCCAGCGCUUCCAGCCUCCAGAGGUUGUCCAGCAGUUGUGACCGCGAUGCCUCUACCCAGUGGCAUGGCGCUGGCCUCGGCCGUGACUUUCGCGGCCAACUUCCUCAUCUACAAUGCCAUCGACUACACUCCGGUGGAGAAGGGCUACGUCACGGUGCAGACGGAGUCCGGGGCUCUGCGCGGAGCCGUGCGGGACACGAUGGCGGGCACCCGCUACUACAGCUUCCGGGGAAUCCCCUACGCCGAGCCGCCGCUGGGAGACCUCCGAUUCCAGGCGCCAGUGCCCAAGUCCCCGUGGAAGGGCGUCCGGAAGGCGCUGUUCUUCGGCAGCAUGUGUCCCCAGCGCAAGGGCUCCAUCCCCUUGGGCCACGAGGACUGCCUAUACCUCAACGUCUACACGCCGCAGCUGCCAACGGUGGAUCCGUCGCCGCAGCUACCUGUGAUGGUGUUCCUCCAUGGCGGAUGCUUCAGCGUGGGCGGCUCCAACUUCUACGGCCCUCCCAACUUCGUGCAGAACGGCGUCAUCCUCGUCACCAUCAACUACCGCCUCGGCAUUCUCGGGUUCCUGAGCACGGGUGACGAGGUAGUGCCCGGCAACGCGGGUCUCAAGGACAUGGUGGCGGCCCUGCGCUGGGUGCGCCACAACAUCGCAGCUUUCGGCGGAGACCCAGAAAAUGUGACCGUAUUCGGCCAGAGCGCGGGAGCCAUUGCUGCCAACAUGCUUAUGUAUUCGCGACUAGCCGCUGGGCUAUUCCGGCGAGUGAUCGCGCAGAGCGGCGCCGCGUCCAUCGCCACGGGCAGCGCUCGCAACAUGGCGGACCGCAGCCGGCGGCUGGCGGAGGCGCUGGGCUACCGCGAGCAGGGAGGCGGCUCGCGGGAGAUGCUGCGCUUCCUGCGGGCGCUCAGCGCCAAGGCGCUCACCAGCAACGAGACCGCCGCGCUCUCGACAGAGGACGCAGGCCGCGUCUUCACGUGCGCCUUCACACCAGCCAUAGAGCCCGACGUGGAGGGUGCCUUCCUCACCGACUCUCCCGCCGUCCUACAGGAGCGCGGCAACUUCUCGCAGGUGCCGCUCCUAAUCGGCUCCACCAGUGUCGAGUGCCUCUUCAUCACACGCGUGAUGUCGCUGCCGUGGACGCUGCUGGGGGCGACGAGCGGCCAGCUGUCGACCAGCCGCGCCCUGGCGGACCUGAGCGCGCACUUCGCGGACCGCGUGGGGCCCGACAUCCCGCUGCACACCCCCGAGCAGCGCGCAGCCGCCGCCAGGGAAGUGCGGCGCUUCUACUACGGCUCCACCAGCCGGGACAUCACGGCCGCCGACUCUGUCGCCACGGCCAACAUGUUUUCAGACCUGCUGUUCAAUUCUGGAAUAGAUAAAACUGUGAGGAUGGUGUCCCAGAAGUCUGCAGAACCUGUGUUCUACUACCAAUUCUCCUUCAGCAACAUUCUCAACACAGUGAGGGGGUUUUCAGGGGCUUCACAUGCAGACGACCUACCAUACCUAUUUUUCUCUUGGGCUCUGCCACAUGGAUCUAAUGGGGCAGUAACUGGAGCAAGACUUGUAAAGAUGUGGACCAACUUUGCAAAGACUGGGCAUCCGACACCAGUAGAUGAUCCCUUGUUACCCGUGAACUGGACCAGCUAUACAUUUGAACUGCCAAUUUACUUGGAUAUUGGAUCAGAAAUAAAACUAAAAACUGGGCUCAAGGAAAAAGCUAUGGACUUCUGGCACAAUCUAGUACCAUGACAUGAAGUGUACUUUGAAGCCAUAAAUGAUAGUGUCAAUCACAAUGAAAUACGAACACCAAAUGGUUUUUUACUGCAGGCAUUAUUUCUAUGGACUAUAUAUCAAAGUUAACUUGUUUUAUUAAUUUGUGUCACAAAUCUGACUGUCAGUAUGAAACAAUUAGAAAACAUGAAAGAAUAACACAAAUCAGAAAAUACAAAGCUACAAACAUUC